CGCUGUUGUUUCAUAAUACAACUAAAUCCGUUUGACUUAUUGUUUUUUUUUGUUUUUUUUUAUUUCAUUUUAAUUUUUUUACCCCUCUUUAUUGUAAUUAUUAUUAAUCAUGUCAAAUCCAACAUUACCAAAGAAGAAAACACCCUGUGAAGAAUGUCGAGACCAAAAAAGAAAGUGUAAUGGUCAAAAACCUUGCGAAAGAUGUUAUAAAUUCAAUCUAGAUUGUAUUUAUACCUUAAAUCGAUCUCCUCGCGAUGAGGAGUAUAUUGAAUUAGCAAAACGUGCAGCUUUAAUAUCACAAAUAGAAUCCAUGACACAUCAAAUAAAAGAAAUGGAGACAUUAAUGAGCGAUUUGAAAACACAACAACAAAAUAGAACAUCAUCAUUAUCGAUAUCAGAUAUCCCCUCGAUGACAGAUGAUAAUAGUGAUAAAAGUUUAUCUAGUUUUGAGGAUAUAAAUUCAGUAACAUGUUCUGCCCUACCUUCCAUCCCUUCGUACACUCUAGUAGUACCACCACCACCUAAUAAACGUAUUAAACUAUUUGAAAAACCUCAACAAAAUAUACAAGCCUUUCUUACAUCUAAAUCUACUAAACCAUGGAAAUUAACCUUACAGCAAGGAGAGUUUAUUAUUGAAACUAAUAUUCGAACACAUACAGAGCUUCUCGAUCAUAUACAUCGUAUGAUGGGGUCCGUUGAGCUCUUAACCGAUAUUCCACCUCUUUUAUCCAUGAUACAACAGCCUACUAAUUCUCUUUUAGGUAUGCUUAAUUCACUUAUUCGGAAGCGAUACGGUAGAACACAUUGCAAAAAUGUCGCUAAAUCAAUACGUAUCUUCGUUACACCCACUUCACAAGAACACAUAUUAACGAUCGCAAAGUCACCAGACUCCAUUCAAAUCACGACACUUAAACUACUUGCAGCCUACUUGCAAUGCCAACAUUUACAGCAAUUAGCGAUUCACGUCAAUACCUUUCAACAGUUUCUUGGUCGUCCUCAAGAAUCAUCCGCUGUCAUGGCACUUUGUGCUGCUAUCUGUACCAUGAGAUGUCAGCAUAUCAAUGCCGUCUUAUCCUCUGCUACACUUGUUGAAUAUGGACAAUUUUAUUUUGAAAGAGCUCGUCAGCUAGUCAGUGAAGAGUUUGAUACAUUCGAUUUAGAGACAUUAACAGCCUACACAUUCAUGACAGUCUAUGCCCUGGCUGUUUCACGACAUCAAGAGGCUAUACUUUACUCCGAUUUAGCAGAACGUAUCGCAAUCGAUUUACCUGACAGUAGUACACAUGCUCGACGUUUACGAAACCAUUUACAUCGUGUCUUGACCUAUGAACGCAUCUCUCGACCCAUGACUACAAACGAUAGCGAUUUACCUUAUUGUACCUUGGUUCAUUUAGAUGAAGGUAAAUGGGAGACGGCACCUAAUGAUAGUCCACUGGAGAAACGAUUUGCCAUGAUGCAUAAUUAUAUUUUAAAGUUACAGAGAUCAGGACAUGAGGCAAGUCGGGCAGCACAAUCAUGUGAUUUACAGCAUCUAGUAGGGUUAAUAGGACAUCAAGUAGAGAUGGCGAUUCGGCAUUGGUACCAGCAAUUACCGCCCCACUUUCGAUUAUCAAUACCCCUCUUUGAUGCGAACCUCCCUUGCAAAUCAUUCUUUGAGAUAGUGCAAAGAGAAUGUCAGGUAGAUGCGAUACCUGUAUUGAUGACACUAGCGCUCUAUGAGGAAUGGCUUGUGCUAGGUCAAAGCUAUCUACCAAGAGAUAUACCAGAAGAUAAUGGCUGUACGCCCAGUCAUUCUACUAAGAAAAGAUGGGAGGUUCGUGCUGAAAGACUGAUAGAACUUCGUAAUCAAAUUGAUUUUGAAGGGUCUGAUGAAGAUUAUUUAGUAGCUGUGAAUCAACUCAUGGCGCCCAUUGAAACUCGAGUCAAUACAGAUAUCGUUCUCAAGUCCUUACAUGCUGCCUUUAACACGGUAAGACUCGUAAAUUAUCUAAGAGGUAGAAGACAGGAUUGUUAUUUUGAUAUGAGAGUGUUGGUGAACGUAUGGCAACUGUUGGUGAGGGUUUCAAGAUUAGAGAGGGUACUACUAGAUACAAAGAUAACUGAGUUGAUGCCUCGUAUACGACGUACGAUGGCUCAAUGUAUGCGUAUCGCUCGAGAGGAAUUAAAGAUGCAACCAUGUCAAGGAACAAUAGGGAAUUAUGUAGCUGAGAUGGAGAGAGAAUUAGAAGAAGGUGUACAAGAUGAUUGCAAUUGUGUUGCUUGUCCAAAUGCUUAGAUACUAUUUAUUUUUUAUUUUUUUUGUAUUAUAUAAAUAUGUGUAUAUUAUUUAAUAAAAUUUCAAUUGUUG